GUGGGCUACCACCUGGAGUGGUUCCUGCGCGGGGACCCCCCGCCCGCGGCCCAGGACGAGAAGAGCAUCUCGGAGCUGCGGGAGGAGCGGAAGCUGCAGGAGAUCGCGGGCAAGGACCUGACCGACGUGGUGAGCCUGAAGGACAAGCUGGAGUUCGCCCCUCGGGCCGUGCUGAACAGGAACCGCCCGGAAAAGAGUUAA